AUGAUGAAAAGUAGUAGUUAAUUUAAUUCUAUAUUUUAGCGAGGAUGAGUUAAAUAUAUUAGGAGAUAGUAAUAUAUACUAUACGAAAAACUGAAUAAAUUCAUUUAUGUUGUAACAAUUAAUUUUAUCAAUAUAUUAUAUAUUGCAAGAUAAUUUUAAAACUAAAUUAUAUUGUUUUAGAAAUGGAUGAAUGGAUUAUAAUUGAUAUAGAGACACCUGAAGGGAAAUUCUUUAAGUCUCCCAUAUAUUAGGAAGAGCAAAUUCAUAAUGUAAAAAGGAAUCUAAUUGAUAAUAUCGUAUAAAGAUGUGCUCAAUAUGGCAAAUUAGACAACCCUUAUUAAAUUGCUCGGAAAACCGGGGCAAUGCAAAAGGAUAUUGCUUAUGAAAAGGGUCAAAAUGUGUAUGAUCAGGAGGACUCCUUUAUAGAUGAUGAGGAGAUAGAUAAGGAAAACCAUGCUAUGGUGAUCCCGGAGACUGAACUCGAUGAUUAUCAUAUGUGCAUUUGCAAUCUAAAGGAUUUUUAAAAAUCGAUAGAAUACAAAAAAAGAAUAGCAAUAUUGAAAAAGCAUACAGUGGAGUCAAAAAAUAAGAGUGCUAAGAAAAAAAAUAAAAAUAAGGAGAAAACAGAAUAGGUGAUUGAAAAGUAACACCAGGAAGAUAUAGCGUUGUAAUAAAAUUCCGCAAUUUAAGACAAAGAAAUAUCUUGAU